UCCCUUGCUGGCGCGCCUGCGCGGGAGUGCUUCGAAGGUGCCUUGGCUUGUGAGAGACAGAGAUCGCGGCAGCAGUUCAGGGCCGGGUGUGGCGAGGGUUUCUUAGUUCUGGCGUGAUUACCAGCGCCAGCUCCCUUCACCGGCCAGGAUGGCGAUUUCCGCGCCCGUCUCUGAACUGGCGCCUGGGCGUGGCUGAACGGAGCCAUGCUGGCAGGUAUCACCCGCGUCAGGCGGGCGGUGAGGACGCGGGCGCGUGGAAUAGGGAAUCCCGCUUGAGGGCGUCCGCGCGGAACACGCCCUUCUCCUCGGCUUGUUUGCAGUUACCCGGAUUCCAGCGCUGCGCUCGGCAGUGUCUGCGGGGAAAGCUGGAGGAGGGCCCGAGCUGACGGAGGGAUGGAGGCGAGGGCUGCGGCAGGAAGUUAGUGCGUAAGAGAGCAGGGAGAAGGGGGUUAGGAGUGGGAUACAGGGCGGCUGGGUCCUAGAUCCAGUCCUAGUAAACCAGGAAUUUAACUUCGCUGCUGUCCCUUCUUCCUUUCUGUAACGGGAGCAAUCUCCACGCGCUGAACCUGUCUCUCAGGUACCUGAACAUUGGCCUUGUGUCUGAAGCUCCUAGAACUUUUCUCUUACUGAGAUCACACUGUUUAUAUAUAGUGCACAAGUGCUUAGCCCAAGCCUGAGAAUUAUUGGAACCCUUUGAUAAGACAAAUUCAAACUACAGUGGGAGUUCUAUCUAGGAAGAUGCAGCCUCUGGACAAGUUGAUGGCUAUCUCAAAACCUCAAAACCUGGCUCCUCAUGAACAAAGUGAGAUCCUGAGAUCAGAUUUGUCUUGGCAGCAGGAAACCACCCCAGUCAUGGAGACAUAUGACUCUGAAGCCUCUCGUCGAAAGUUCAGGCAUUUCCAGUAUUUUGAGGUGUCUGGGCCACAUGAAGCCUUGAGCCAACUAUGGGAGCUAGGUCUUCAGUGGCUAAGACCAGAGAUUCAUACAAAGAAGCAGAUCUUAGAGCUGUUGGUGCUGGAGCAGUUCCUGACAAUUCUCCCUGAAGAGGUCAGGACUUGGGUGAACUUACAACAUCCAAAGAACAGCAAAGACGUGGCGACUCUUAUAGAGGAUGUGAUUGAAAUGCUUAAAGACGAAGAUAUGCCUUGCAAGGAUUCUGUCCUGUUCCAGAAGGGGAGCAUCAAGAAGGAGAAGCUGGAAGCUGACUCACUAACAGGCAAAUCUCAGGAACCAGUGACAUUCAAAGAUGUGGUUGUGGAAUUCAGCGAGGAAGAGUGGGGGCAGCUGGACCCUGCUGUAAAGAACCUGUACAGGGAUGUGAUGCUGGAGAACUAUAGAAACCUGAAUUCACUGCGUAAAGACCAUCUACUUUCCAAACCUGUUGAGAUGUCCAAGUUGAAGAGUAAGAAAAAAAGAUGGAUAAUGGAGAGAGAAAUCCCAAGAGCAACCAUUUUUGAUAGAGAGACAAUUUCGGAAAACCAAGAUUCUGUUCCAAAGCAGAGAAUUUCUAGAGAAGAACCAUCCCAUGGAGUGAUUAUGACAAGACUGACCAAAAGUGGACACCCUUCUUUAGAUGGCUGGAGAAGUGACGAUUGGUUAUAUAGGAACCAGGACCACGGGGAUGUAAAUCUACCACAUGAAUCUUUCAUUUACAAAACAACCUACAAUGAGGAGGGAGACUUUGAAUCUAGUGAAAGUAAGAAAAGCUCUGAUGUUCUAUCAGUUAACUCAAUUUUUGAUACGCAACAGGGAAUUCCUAUGAGAAAGGGGCCCCCAAAGUGUGGUAAGUUUAAAACUAACUUCAAAUUUAAUUUAGACUCAGUAGGUAAGCAACAUUUAGAGUAUAAUGAAUCUGAGAAUGCCUUGAGCCUGAGUACAGAUAUUCACCACCCAAAAGGUCAUACCACAAUGAAUUCCUAUGAAUGCUGUCAGUGUGGGAAAGCCUUCAGCCGGAGUUCAUCCCUUGUUCGACAUCAAAUCAUUCACACUGGAGAGAAACCCUAUAAAUGCUGUGAAUGUGGGAGAUUCUUCAACCGACGUUCAAACCUUACUAAGCAUCAAAAAAUUCAUACUGAAGCAAAGGCCUAUGAAGGCAAUAAAUUUGGAGAAGCCUUUAGUAAGAGUGAAGACAGUAAUAAAAAUCCAAGACUGCAUUCUGGAGAUAAUCCGUAUGAAUGUAACUGUGGAAAAUCCUUCAGCAGGAGCUCCUCACUUAUUCGACAUCAAAUGAUUCAUACAGGAGAAAAACCAUUCAAAUGUAAGGAAUGUGAGAAAACCUUCAAUAGGAGUUCAAACCUUAAAAAACACCAAAAACUUCAUAGUUAUAGGGCAACUCAAGAGAAGUCCUAUAACAGGAAGAAAUUUGGGAUUAGCUUCAGUCAGAGUGCAGAACUCAUUCAGCAUCCAUGAAUUUAUGCUGGAAGGAAUCCUAUGAAUGUAGUAAAUGGAAUAAAAUAUUUGUCAGAGAUUAUUCUUUAAUUGAUAUGACAGAAUUAGUAUUUGAGAGUAAACUGUCGGAGCUUUUCCCAGCUCCCAAGGCCACGAGGGCUUGGAGACAAAUGUAUUACCAAACAAGUGUUUGUCUGUCAUUAUUCUGAUACCCAAUACUGUCAUCUCUCCCUACUUCAUAAAUGGGACCUAUGGUAUAUUUAUAUUCACCUGAUCUAUUGAUGAAGUAGAUAUUAAGGAGGAGCCAUGCAAUACCCUUGGAAUUGAUAUUUAACGAAACUCACACUUCAAACUGUCAGUCCUCAUAAGGUCACAAGAAACCAGGAGCUCACAAGAAUAUAGGCUACUGCUAAGGACUGAAUUCUCUCUGAAUUAAGGGCAAGGACCACAGUGACAGCCAGUUAGUCCACUCCUGAUAAUAUCCUUGUUUCUCCUGGUGCUAAGUGGGGACUAGAAUUGGAAGAAGGUUAUCAACUGCAGUGGGAAGUGGGUGUGGUGGUGGUAAUCUACAUGUAUUCCUCAAUAUCUGCAUUUUUUUUAAAGUACUCUUUGGGAUCUAGGCUGGAGAGACAUCCAUUGCCUAGGUGUAUCAUUUGUGCCAAACAUUAAAGGAUCAAUAAAGUUUCCUAAAAGUCUGUGCACCAGACCUGCCUCUUUCUACUUCUAAGCUACUUCAGGAUCCCAAAGGGUUCUUGAGAAAAGAUGCUUAUCUUACUCUGCCCAAAAAGAUUCAUACUGGAGACAUUUCUAGUGAAUGAUGUUGGUGGCUCUUUGUCAGAGCUCAUACCUUAUACAAAAGCAGAAAAGGUAUACUGGAUUGAACCUCUAUGAUGAGUUGUUAAAUGUGGAAAAUUCUGUGUUCAUUUGUUCAUCCUUUGCAUCACAAGUUGUAUUCUUUAGGUCAAAACCCUAUACAAAUAAUUGUUAUGAAAAUUCAUAUAAACAUAAGGAAACUUGUAGAGCAUCCUAACAGGAGAAAAACACUCAAUGUAAGAAGUUCUUGACGCAUAUAGUUCAGUCAUUCAUCAAAUGAAUUCUGGCGUUCUCAUUUUAGGUGUUCUGAAUGUAAUAGUUCACGUUUUUAUAUAAGUGAUUUUCUUUUGCAUGGUUGAAAGAUAAAAGUACUCUUUUCAUUUUUUAUCUUUUUUCAACAGCUAGCUAUUUGGGGAAAAGUAAGAUGCUUAUUUUUU